AUGGCGGCGGGGACCCUCGCCCCCCGCCCUGCCGACUCCCUGCAGGAAUUCCAGUACCCCCCCCAAAACAGCCCCCCGGCCGGGGGAGUGCCCCCGGCCACCGACCUGGUGCUGGGGGCCACGGCCGGGUGCUUGGCCUGCUUCCUCACCAACCCGCUGGAGGUGGUGAAGACGCGGCUGCAGCUGCAGGGCGAGCUGCAGCCCCCGGGCACGUACCCCCGGCCCUACCGCGGGGUGCUGCGGGCGGCCGUGGCCGUGUGCCGGGCGGACGGGCUGCGGGGGCUGCAGAAGGGGCUGGCGGCCGGGCUGCUCUACCAGGGGCUCAUGAACGGCGUCCGCUUCUACUGCUAUUCCCACGCCGAGGACGCCGGCUGGACCGGGUAUCCCGGCGGGACCGUGGCCGCCGGGGCCGUGGCCGGGGCGGUGGGAGCCAUCGUGGGCAGCCCCGCGUACCUGGUCAAGACCCACCUCCAAGCCCAGACACUGUCGGCCAUGGCCGUGGGCCACCAGCACAACCAUGAGAGCAUCUCCGGCGCUUUCAGGAGCAUCUACCAGCAGCACGGGGUGGUGGGGCUGUGGCGGGGGGUGUCGGGCGCCGUGCCCCGCGUGGCCGUGGGCUCGGCCGUGCAGCUCGCCACCUUCGCCUCCGCCAAGGACUGGGUCUGCGAGCGCCAGUGGUUCAGGAAGGGCAGCUGGGCAGCGGUGCUGGCGGGGGGCAUGGUGAGUGGUGUGGCUGUGGCUGUGACAAUGACACCUUUUGACGUGAUCAGCACGCGGCUCUACAACCAGCCGGUGGACGCCGACGGCACGGGCAAGCUCUACCGAGGUUUUUUGGAUUGUAUCCUGCAAAUCUCCAGCAAAGAGGGGCUGCUGGGCUUGUACAAGGGCAUCGGCGCCGUCUACCUCCGCCUCGGUCCCCACACCGUCCUCAGCCUUUUCUUUUGGGACAAGCUCAGGAACAUGGUUCAGCACUAGCGGCCCCCAGGGCUGUAGGACAGACUCCUGCCAGCACCACCACCGAUGUUAAUAAAGAGGUUUUUCUA